AUGUCUCUCCCAAUCGAACAACCUGUCGUUCCCAAAGGCUCGAUGGUGCUCAUUACGGGCGUCAAUGGCUUUAUUGGAUCUCACAUCGCAGACCAGUUUCUCAAGUUCGGCUACAAGGUACGCGGCACCACACGUAAUCUCGAGAAGAAUGCCUGGAUCAGCACCCUAUUCAACAAAAAGUAUGGUCCAGGCAAUUUCGAGUUGGUGGCUGUGCCGGAUAUGGUGACACAGGGCGCCUUUGUCGAAGCUGUCAAGGGUGUCUCGGUUGUCGUCCAUACAGCAACUAUCUUCUCCCUGGACCCGAAUCCUCAUAACGUGAUCCCAGGGACUAUAUCGGGAACGGUCAAUGCACUGGAAGCAGCCGCCCAGGAACCAAGCGUGAAGCGCUUCGUCCUCACGUCUUCUUCCACUGCCGCCUUGAUCCCAAAGCCUAACAGUGCCGUGAAGGUUACCACCGAUACAUGGAAUGACGAGGCUGUGGAGUUGGCGUAUCGCGACCCGCCGUACGAGCCGGAACGCGCGUUGCCUGUUUACGCUGCCAGUAAGACCUUGGCAGAAAAAGAAGCAUGGAAAUUCAUGGACGAGAAGAAGCCUGGUUUCACCCUGAACACCGUUCUACCCAACAUGAACUUCGGCGCGAGCCUUGAUGUCACCAACCAAGGCCACCCCUCCACCUCAGCCAUCGUUGCUGAGCUCUUCAAGGGAAACACCAACUACCUAGGGGGCAUUACACCGCAGUACUUUGUCGAUGUGCAGGAUGACGCCUUACUGCACGUGGCUGCCGCCAUUCACCCUGGUGUUCAGUCCGAGCGUCUCUUCGCCUUCGCCAAGCCCGUGAACGGGGAUACUGUUCUGGCCAUCCUCCGUAAACUCUAUCCGAGCCGUAGCUUUCCUUCCAACUUCCAGGCUGAGGAGGAUUUGAGCGAGAUUGUGCCUCGGAAGCGAGCCGAGGCCUUAUUGCGCGAAAUGGGCAGGGAAGGAUGGACCAGCUUGGAGGAAAGCAUCAAGAGGAACACGGAAGACCUUGUGUAA